UUUUCACAGUGUUUCAGACGUAAAUUUUAUCGUCUCCAAUUUUAUUUUAUUUCCUUUAUUUUCCGAAACCUUUUUUCGUUUGCAAUGGCUGCCAAUACUGGUGUGAAAAUUUUCCGCGAUUUCCUUCGUGAAAGUCCUUGCAGGAUGGCAUAUGCUAUGACCCAUCGCCAGAACUACGCUAAGCAGUACUCAAAGAAUCACAGCUUGAGGAAAAUCUCCAGCAAAAGUCACCAAGCACGGCCCAAGACGGCUCCGAUGAUGGUGUCCAAUCUAGCCCAAGCCAUCACAACCAAUAAGCUGAUGGAGGUUUCCUCCCGUAAGCGACCCACGACCACCAUCAGCGGGAAGAAACCUGUCCCAAGGCGUCAAGAAAAUGAACCCCAAAGGACACGGGCACCGUGUGAAGAGAUACGGAAAAUUCCCUCCGGACCGUCCAGUUCGGACGACGUCCGCCGGAAACAGCAGCCACCGCAAAAAUUGAAACCGAAGCAUCCGGCGGCGAAAUCUUCGAGCAGGCCGUGUAAAAUUUGCAAAAGCCCGGAUGAUUGCCCGAUCCCCGAGCAGUGGCAGAAGAUUUUCAAAAUCAACGAGAGGAACCCGCCCUCGUCGGACGGUUUUCGGCAUCUGAUUGACGAAAUCGAGAGGAUUCGGUCGCAGUUGAUCGUGCGCGACGAUAUGAAGCAGAUUAGGUUCAACGAGUCGCUGAAAUUGAUAAACGAGAUAAAACAGCAGAUCGACUCCGUUACCAAGAAGAGCAGCAGUUUUCAUGCUUCCUUCAUAUGUUCUAAGUUUUAA